GCGUCGCAUCUCCUCCUCUCCCUCUCUUGAACCCUGACCCCGCGCUGGCACGGUCCCUGCCACGCCGCCGCCGCCACCGCCGCCUUCGCUCGCCGUCGCGUCCUCUCCUCCACCACGCCCCCUUGGUGCGCCGCCGCCGCCGCCUCCGCUCGCCGUCGCGUUCUCUCCUCCUCCACGCCACCUCCCACACCUCUCCAGCCAGCCUACUCCCUCCUCCCUUCCCUCCCCACUCCUCCCCAUGUCCCUCGUUGCUGCACCACUCCCUCCCCCACCUUCAAAGGCAUCCUGGACCUGAUCUGGAGGAAGAAGAAGAGGGCACAAGAAGAGGAGAACAAGAAAGCUUCCCCAACUUCCCCCUUCACCAAAUAUUUGUGAUUUGAUCAUAAAGGGAUCUAUUUAGGGUUUGCUUGCUGGUCCAUCUUGGUCGGGGUCUGUUUCUGCUCUUGGCUACUGGUCUGGUAUGUCGUGCCAUUGCUGGUGCUCGAGGUUGCUUCACUCGUCUCUUUGAAGCAUUCCGGUAUGACGUUGCCUGGUCAUUGACAUGGCACGUGCCCCGGUUGCGGCUCGUGGUCAAGGCGCGUUUGAAGCUGUCGCUGGGUUGGUAGGUGGUCGUGGCCGUGGCCGUGGGCGGGCUGCUGCUGGUCGUGGACGUGCCAUCGGCCGUGGAGGUUCUAAUACUGGGUGUGCCCCUGUUUCUGAUUGUGUUGCUGGCCAUGUGGAUGCUACUCGUCGGGUGCCUGUCGUUGGAGCCCAGCCUGUCGCCAGGCGUCGGGGUCCUGCUCGGCGGGUGCCUGCCGCUGGAGCCCAGCAUGUUGCCCGGCGCCGGGGUGCUGCCUCACCGGUGCCUGACGUUGGGGUCCAGCCUGUCGCCGGUCGUGGGGGUGCUGCUCGGCGGGUGCCUGCCACUGUAGACCAGCCUGUCGCCGGGCGUGGGUGUGCUGCUCGGCGGGUGCUUGCCGCUGUAGACCAGCCUGUUGCCGGGCGUGGGGGUGCUGCUCGACCGAUGACUGGCACCGGCCGUGCUGUUGGACUUGGGGCUGCUGUCCCUGCUCGGCGGGUGCCUGGUGCUGGGAUUGCUAGGCAUUACGUGCCGCGUCAGCCUAUUGGGUUUCCUCCUCGCAGGCGUACAUGUGAUGGUUGGUUUCCUUAUCUGAGUUUGGCCAUGGCGGCUGCAAAUCGCAGAAAACGGAAAGGGUGCGUUGAGUUUCGGCGUGCUCACUAUGAAGAACGUGUCGCCGACGGCACCUUGCCAAAGGAUUGGCAUGGUUUCUCGGUUUAUGUGAGCUCGGAGGUUACCGGGGUGGAUCGCAACAAACGGAAAAAGCGUAAAGUGUCGAUUAGACUGCGUCGUCCUGGACAUGAAGAUGUUGUUGUCAAAGGGCCUUUGCCGAAGGAUUGGCAAGGUUUCUCGGUUGGAUUUGCUGAGUCUCUUAAAGCUUGCUAUCCAGAUAGGUCAUACUGUGGCCCUCCAGAUUUCUUAUGCCGGUAUUGUGGUGCCUCCUUCUGGUUUGCUGAGUGUUCCAAGUCCGGGUCAUCCUGGACACAACGUAAGAUGGUUUACAAUCGUUGUUCUAAAGGCGCUAAGGUUUAUAUUCCUCCCUUUAAGGAUCCCCCGGCCUAUCUCCGGGAGCUCCUUCGAUUCGAUGGUACUUCUCGUGCUAAAAAAUUCAUCCGGGCUAUACGUGAGUACAAUUGUAUGUUCGCAUUUACUUCGAUGGGUUCUACCGUUGAACGCUCUUUUGGUGGCAGCCGUGGGCCUAAGAUCUUCAAGAUCAGUGGUCAAGUGUCUCAUCGUAUUGGUUCGCUGGUGCCCAGCGGUGAUGAUACUCCUAAGUUUGCUGAGUUGUACAUACAUGACCCCGCUAAUGAGAUUAGACAUAGGAUGAAUGCUUUAAAUCCGGACGAUAAACCUAUUGGGGGGGUCGAUGAGAGUAUUGUGGUUGGCCUUAGAGAUAUGCUUAAUGAGUCUAACCCAUUGGUACAAACCUUUAGGGAGGCAAGUAAGAUGAUAGAGGAUCGCGGUGAUGAACCUAUAGAGGAUAUCUCGAUUCGUAUUAUAGGGCCUUCAGAGGGUGAUAGUCCACAAUUUAGCUUGCCUACAACUACUGGGCUUGCUGCUUUGGUUGUCGGUGGUGGGUUCACGUUAGAGGCGUCUUCCCGGGAUAUUGUUGUCCGCAGUCGUUCUGAUGGUUUGCAGCAGAUAUCUUCUCUGAACACUGCGUUCAUGCCUCUGCAAUACCCGUUGCUUUUUUCCUUAUGGUGAGAGGGGGUUCCAGAUUGAUGUUCCUCACCUGAUUGUUCCUGAAGAAGGUGAUGAUGAUGGGGCCGUAGAUCCUGAUCCUGCACCUGGAAGUCCGUCUGUUGAGGCGUCUUCUUCGUAUCCUUCUGGGGGUGGUGACUCAGACACGAAUAGUCGGAAUAGGAUGACCAUGCAAGAUUACUAUCGUUUUAUGUGCCAUUACAAAGGUGAUCAGCCCAAUCCAUAUAUAUGCUAUGGUCUCCUCUCCUCCCAGUCCGUUGUUGAUGCACGCGCGUGCAUUGAUGAGAGUAGACUAUGGUAUAUCAUAAGAAAUCAGGACAUGUUCAGAUCAGAGCAUAUGCAGGGUAUUACCGAUGCAGUAGGUGAUGGGUGUGUAGAUGGCGACACUGUUGGAAAGAGGACCAUUGUGCCCUCCAGUCACAUGGGUGGUCGUCGUUAUUUUAAUGAGAACUUCCAUGAUGGCAUUGCCAUUUGUCGGGUGCAUGGUGCACCAGACGUAUUUACCACUUUCACUUGUAAUCCCAAGUGGCCCGAGAUCACCGCUGCAUUAGAGCCAGGGCAGGCGCCUUCUGAUAGGGCAGAUGUUGUUGUUAGGGUCUAUCACACGAAGCUUGCCGAGUACUUGGAUGAGAUCAAGUCAGGCCGGGCUUUUGGCCCCAUUAAAGCUGUCCUAUAUACUAUUGAGUUCCAGAAGCGUGGGCUGCCACACGCGCAUAUACUUGUCUGGCGGAUAGGGGGCAACGAUGGCGAUGGCUGGUCUGUAGUCUCUUGUUCUCGGGGACAGGAACUUGACCAUCCGUGUGUAUGUUUUGCGUUUGUGGCAGCACCAUGGAGAUGCUAAUGACGGUCCUAUCAAACACACUGACAUGGUCCUUUUGGAUGCCCAGGGCAACCACAUCUAUGCUGAGAUUGGUGAGAAGCUUGUGCCUAAUUUUAUGGGCAAACUGAAGGCAGGAUGUGCAUAUGACAUUUCACAGUUGUUGGUGUUCCUGAACAAACCUUGUUUCAAGCCUGUCUAUGCGAUACACAUGAUCAGGUUCAAUAGGUUCAGUACGGCCGAUCCUAAUACUGAUCUAGAAGCUCAGUUUCAAGUUCAAUAGGUUCAGUAUGGCCGAUCCUAAUACUGAUCCAGAAGCUCAGUUUCCCUUCUGCACCUACUGACUCACUAAACUGUCACGCCUCCCCGCACCUCUCGAGACACCUGAAUUCUUCACAAAUGUGCUCGACGUUAUCACUGCUGUAUCUGAUGUUGUUCAGUAUCAUAGCUCAAGCAGGAGCGAGCCUUCCACAAAGCGUUCUAUCAGUAUCAUGGACCUAAGAUAACUAUUGUGCUCUGGGCGAACGUGCUACAACCUUUCAGGGAGACUACAUUAUCGAGCUGGGCUCGACUGAACUAGUGGUUGCACUAUUUGUUGGAACUCUGGUGAAGGCCUAUGAAGGUCGAAGGGGUGUGAGCGGAAGUGCAGCGUGUCGGUGGUACAUAAAUGAUGACACUUCUGAGAUGAUAGACUUCCAUAAGAGGUACAUGCUAUCUGUUUAUCUCUGUGCUGAUUAUGUGUUGUCCUUUGCCUGAUUUGGUCAUAUGCUUAUGUUCUUGAUCUUAUUGCUAAAGGCUCCAGGGCAAGUUCUCUCCUGUAGAAAAGGUUGUCCUCCAGGGACAGACAAUAGCUAUGCAUUUGCCUUGACCGUAUUGAUCUACUGCUGCAUGUAUUUUUUUUCUAUGAACUUACCGCCCCUGAAGGAAAGAAGAGUAAUUCUUCCCCGACCUCAGUCAAAAAAGGGUAUGAGUUGUUCCAACAAAAAUGAUCCAAGAUGGCGUAAACAAACGAUUCUAGAUAUGUGAUGUGAAUUUGUUGGGUCUGUGACCUGCAGUGUCGGUAUAAAGAGAGUGCCAGCAAGCAGUCAAAAAAGGGUAUGAGUUGUUCCAACAAAAAUGAUCCAAGAUGGCGUAAACAAACGAUUCUAGAUAUGUGAUGUGAAUUUGUUGGGUCUGUGACCUGCAGUGUCGGUAUAAAGAGAGUGCCAGCAAGUGGUCUACCUAAGUCUGUGUUGUGUAAACCCUUGUUUUCUGAUGGCCGUGCUUAGGGGCUCGAAAAACCGGAUGACGCUCUGCUGGUCUCGGUGGUGAGCUUGCUGCUACAUUGAGCAAAUCAACUGAAAGCCUGGCGGCGGAUGAAGACGAGACGUCCGCGACUAAAAGGGCCAAGCUGUAGUCCAAACGGCCCUAGGUGGAUCAUUAUUUUGGACCACGAUGUGUUGGUUAGAUGUGCUCUCGCAUUGAUGGUCUAGCGAAUGGACGUCUCGACGUGUGUUAGAUGGUGUAGCUUCUUCCUAGGUCUAUCGUCCCUUUUGUCGUGCCGUAUUGCUUGCGAUGCGAUGUUCCGUUACACCGACCCAAGAAAACUCUAAUGUGGUGCUUGUGAAAGACCAACCGCUGUUGGUACUAUGAUCAGCAUUGGCCUUCUAUUUUGUGUGGUGUUUGUUUAGCUCUUGGUUGCUAACGAUGUAUGGUCAGUGCCGUGAGAUGAUGCUUCUGAUGGAUUAACUACUCCGUGGUUGAUGUAAGUUAUGAACCAGUUAAGCUGUGGCUCUAAUGUUGGUUUUCUAAUCCA